UUCAGCAUUCCCUCACCAGAUGGAUUUUUGCUACUGCAGAUCAGCAGAGGGUGUCAGAUCUUUCAGAGUGCACCAGGCUGGAACCAGCAGAGCUUCUUAGCAACUCCCCCCUCCUCCCCUUUCUCGCGCUCUCUUCCUCCCUCAGACAACUCGCUCCCCCUCUCUCCUCCCCCCUCCACGUAAUUCCGAAAGAGCAGAAGAAAGAGAAGGAGAACAAGCAAAGAAGAGCUAGUAAGAGCCGGCCGAAGCACAGAAAAAAAGAAAAGAAAAAAAAAAAGAGAGAGAGAGAGCUGAAGACGACCUAAGGGGAGAAAAGGAACAGGAUGGACAUCCACAAAACGCAGCGGUUGCGGAAAUUUUCCAGCGCCAUUGGCUGGGCAGUGUGAGUCUUUUGGGCGGGCGUGAUUUCAGCACCGGGGGCCCUGGACAGCACCUCGGGGGUACUCCUGGGCAACCGGCGACCAAGACAAGAACUCCUCCAGCUGCCUGGACCACUGAAGCCGCCGAAAGCCCUGCUUUGUAUCAGAGAGGCAAGGAUGGUUGCUGUUACUUUGUGAUGAGAUCUGGGAUGAAUUGCUCGCUUUAAAAAUGCUGCUUUGGAUUCUGUUGCUGGAGACGUCUCUUUGUUUUGCCGCUGGAAACGUUACAGGGGACGUUUGUAAAGAGAAGAUCUGUUCUUGCAAUGAGAUAGAAGGAGAUUUACACGUAGACUGUGAGAAAAAGGGCUUCACGAGUCUGCAGCGCUUCGCCGCCCCUACUUCCCAGUUCUACCAUUUAUUUCUGCAUGGCAAUUCCCUCACUCGACUUUUCCCUAAUGAGUUCGCUAACUUUUAUAAUGCGGUUAGUUUGCAUAUGGAAAACAAUGGCUUGCAUGAAAUCGUUCCGGGGGCUUUUCUGGGGCUGCAGCUGGUGAAGCGGCUGCAUAUCAACAACAACAAGAUCAAGUCUUUCCGAAAGCAGACUUUUUUGGGGCUGGACGAUCUGGAAUACCUCCAGGCUGAUUUUAAUUUAUUACGGGAUAUAGACCCGGGGGCCUUCCAGGACUUGAACAAGUUGGAAGUUCUCAUUUUAAACGACAAUCUCAUCAGCACCCUACCUGCCAAUGUAUUCCAGUAUGUGCCCAUCACCCACCUCGACCUCCGGGGAAACAGGCUGAAAACACUGCCCUAUGAGGAGGUCUUGGAGCAGAUCCCCGGCAUUGCUGAGAUCCUGCUAGAGGAUAACCCUUGGGACUGCACCUGCGAUCUGCUCUCCCUGAAGGAAUGGCUGGAGAACAUUCCCAAAAACGCCCUGAUCGGGCGAGUGGUCUGCGAAGCCCCCACCAGGCUACAGGGUAAAGACCUCAAUGAAACCACUGAACAGGACCUGUGUCCUUUGAAAAAUCGAGUGGAUUCUAGUCUUCCGGCGCCCCCAGCCCAGGAAGAGACCUUCGCCCCUGGCCCCCUGCCAACUCCUUUCAAGACAAACGGGCAAGAAGAGCAUGCUACUCCAGGGGCUGUUCCAAAUGGAGGUACAAAGAUCCCGGGCAACUGGCAGCUCAAAAUCAAACCCACGCCACCGAUAGCAACUGGGAGCGCCAGAAACAAACCCCCAGGGCACGGCUUGCCCUGCCCCGGGGGCUGCAGCUGUGACCACAUCCCGGGCUCAGGCUUAAAGAUGAACUGUAACAACAGAAACGUGAGCAGCUUGGCUGAUUUGAAGCCUAAGCUUUCCAACGUGCAGGAGCUUUUCCUUCGAGAUAACAAGAUCCACAGCAUCCGAAAAUCACACUUUGCGGAUUACAAGAACCUCAUCCUGUUGGAUCUGGGUAACAACAACAUCGCAAACAUAGAGAACAACACUUUCAGAAACCUUUUGGACCUCAGGUGGCUGUACAUGGAUAGCAACUAUCUGGACACGCUGUCCCGGGAGAAAUUCGCUGGGCUGCAGAACCUAGAGUAUCUGAACGUGGAGUACAACGCGAUUCAGCUCAUUCUCCCCGGUACUUUUAAUGCCAUGCCCAAGCUGAGGAUUCUUAUUCUCAACAACAACUUGCUGAGGUCCCUCCCCGUGGACGUUUUUGCUGGGGUCUCCCUGUCUAAGCUCAGCCUGCACAAUAAUUACUUCAUGUACCUCCCAGUGGCAGGGGUGCUGGACCAGUUAACCUCCAUCAUCCAGAUAGACCUGCACGGGAACCCCUGGGAGUGCUCCUGCACCAUUGUGCCUUUCAAGCAAUGGGCAGAACGUCUGGGCUCCGAGGUGCUGAUGAGCGACCUCAAGUGUGAGACUCCGGUGAACUUCUUCAGGAAGGAUUUCAUGCUGCUCUCCAAUGACGAGAUCUGCCCCCAGCUGUACGCCAGGAUCUCGCCCACGUUAACUUCGCACAGUAAAAACAGCACUGGGUUGGCGGAGACCGGGACACACUCCAACUCCUACCUAGACACCAGCAGGGUGUCCAUCUCCGUGUUGGUCCCGGGACUGCUGCUGGUGUUCGUCACCUCCGCCUUCACCGUGGUGGGCAUGCUCGUGUUUAUCCUGAGGAACCGAAAGCGGUCCAAGAGGAGGGAUGCCAAUUCCUCUGCGUCCGAAAUUAAUUCCCUACAGACAGUCUGUGACUCUUCCUACUGGCACAAUGGGCCUUACAAUGCAGAUGGGUCCCAUCGGGUGUAUGAUUGCGGCUCUCACUCCCUUUCAGACUAAACCCUAGACCCUAAAUGGCGAGGAGUGCAGGAAGGCGAUACAUCCUCUCCUGCUGCCAGCAUCGCGGGGGGAGUAGGAGAGCAUUGACCCAGAUCUAGGGUGUCACAUGCCCCGAUGGACAUAAGUAAAUAAAUAACUAUGAACUCACUCAACUAAGAGGCUCUGGCCCUAAGCUCCCAUCUGAAAACAAAGAGCAGACUGUGGAGCUGCGAAUGCAGCUAGCUAGCUCUUUGCCCUGAGCUCCUUUUGAUGGAAAGCCCAGCAUGGGGCCUGCCAGAAGAAUUGAGCGCCCUUGCUAAGGGCCAAAGGUCUCUCGGGACUGGCUGCAGUGUCUCUAUACAUAUAUACAUAUAUCACAGCUAUAUAGAGAAAUAGAUAUCUAUUUUUCCCCUGUGGAUAGCCCGAAGAUGGCUCCCUGUCUGUUAUGCAGGGAUGAGCAGUUGCACGAAGGCAUGAAUGUAUUGUAAAUAAAUAACUUUGACUCUUGACAAGAACAAAAAACACAAAAAGUGCUGCAUGGCUCGCAUGGAAUCCACACGCUCCAGGGACUCUGUUCCCCCAACCCCAGCUCCCCACUGCGACUGGAGACAGCGUCACAGCGCCCAUCCUUUUACCUGAUAAGUCCCAUCGUAUCAAACUUUCUAUAAAAAAAAUACAGUAUAAUCAGAAAGUGCCAUUCCGCCAUUAUUUGUGAUUGGUAGGCAGUUCAGAACGUAUGUUUACAGUGAAAAAAAUGUAAAGGUUUUAUUUAAGACAUUUGCAUGGCCAGUCAUCAGUCCAUUUUAUGAGUUAACAAUGUAUUUUGUUGAGCAAAGUUUUUAAGGGUUCUUUUGGGUUCUUUUAUUUUGAUGGUAAUGUUUGAUUUAAUUUUAGUUUCUGAGGGGGAAUAUUUUUCUAUACAUAUCCAAUAAUGCCUUCCAUCUGAAUGUAAAAUAAGUACCCAUGAUUUCUAUUAUAGUACCAGUGUAAUUAUUUAAGAAAAAAAAAGAUUCUGGGGCAGUUAAGCAUGACCAAUUAAUGUCACUCUAGUGCUUACUUAGGCUGCGAUCCUAUGGUAGCAAUUGUGUGCUGGUAUAAAUCUUACUUAUAAAGUAGGAACAAAGAAGCGAGGAAGCACGUGAAACUUACUAAUUCUAUUCGAGGAUUUUAUAAUGGCAUAUUUUUUCAGUAUUAAAGUGAAAAUGUUUUCAAA